CCUUCCCGCGCCUCCUGCCCGGCUCGCCGCGCGCGAGGCUCCUGCCGGCUCCCGUCCCCAGCCGGGCCGGCGCGGCCCCAACUACCGCACGCAAAAGACCCAAAACCUUCGAUAAUUUUGCCCGGUGUUGACAACUUGGGCUUUGCGUGCCUUUGAGAAGGGGGCCUUACGCAGUUUCCCAGAGAUCCCUCUCCGCUGUAUACGCCGCUUUCGCUUAUUGCUGCUACUUCCUUUCUCCUCCUUUCCCACCUUCUCCCCUUUUUUGCGGAUGCUGCCUCCCCUCUCUGGAGUGUUGCUCAGCCCUGUAGUCCCGGGCACCGCUUGCUGGCCUCGGGAGGGGGUUUGCAUUCUCGACCAAAAGAUCAUCAUCUCCCGGGAGAACUUCUUGGUCCUGAUGUCUGACCAUGGAGAUGUGAGCCUCCCACCCGAAGACCGGGUGAGGGCUCUCUCCCAGAUAGGUAGCGCAGUGGAGGUAAAUGAAGACAUUCCACCCCGACGGUACUUCCGCUCUGGAGUUGAGAUUAUCCGAAUGGCGUCCAUUUACUGUGAGGAAGGCAACAUUGAACAUGCCUUCAUCCUCUAUAACAAGUACAUCACGCUCUUUAUUGAGAAACUACCAAAGCAUCGAGAUUACAAAUCAGCUGUCAUCCCUGAAAAGAAAGACACAGUAAAGAAAUUAAAGGAGAUUGCAUUUCCCAAAGCAGAAGAGCUGAAGGCAGAACUGUUAAAACGAUAUACCAAAGAAUAUGCAGAAUAUAAUGAAGAAAAAAAGAGGGAAGCGGAAGAAUUCGCCCGGAACGUAGCCAUCCAGCAAGAGCUGGAGAAGGAAAAACAGAGGGUUGCACAGCAGAAGCAGCAACAGUUGGAGCAGGAACAAUUCCAUGCCUUUGAGGAGAUGAUCCGGAACCAGGAGCUCGAGAAAGAACGACUGAAAAUUGUACAGGAGUUUGGGAAGGUGGACCCUGGCCUGGGUGGCCCACUGAUACCUGACUUGGAGAAGCCCCCCCUCGAUGUCCUCCCCAUGGCGCCUGUCAUAUCCACGCAGCCUUCAGACUGUAAUACAACUGUACGGCCUGCCAAGCCACCUGUAGUGGACAGGUCCUUGAAACCCGGAGCGCUGAGCAACUCAGCAGCCCCCACAAUCAAUGGACUGCGCCACGUGGUGGUACCUGGGAAGCUCUGCCCCCAGUUUCUCCAGCUGGCCAGUGCCAACACUGCCCGGGGAGUAGAGACCUGUGGAAUUCUCUGUGGAAAACUGAUGAGGAAUGAGUUUACCAUUACCCACGUUCUCAUCCCCAAGCAAAGUGCUGGGUCCGAUUACUGCAACACGGAGAACGAAGAGGAGCUUUUCCUCAUACAGGAUCAGCAGGGUCUCAUCACACUGGGCUGGAUUCAUACUCAUCCCACACAGACUGCCUUCCUCUCCAGUGUUGACCUGCACACUCACUGCUCCUACCAGAUGAUGCUGCCGGAGUCGAUAGCCAUCGUUUGUUCCCCCAAGUUCCAGGAAACUGGAUUCUUUAGACUAACUGACCACGGACUAGAAGAGAUUUCUUCCUGUCGCCAGAAGGGCUUUCAUCCACACAGCAAGGAGCCGCCCCUCUUCUGUAGCUGCAGCCAUGCGACUGUUGUGGACAGAGCAGUGACCAUCACAGACCUUCGAUGAGCUUUUGAGUCAAACACCUGCCAAGAACUAUAACACCGUAUCAGUGUACUGUAGCCCGUUAAUUUAAACUUUCCAGAAAGCUCUGGAAGCUUGUUUAGGCAGAAUAGAAAGUGAGUAUCACCUGGGGGAGGACUGAUUUUCUAUUUCUGGUUUGAAAGGAAAUACUCGAAUGUGUUUUUUAGGCACGUCUGGAAAACAGCACGAUCAUGCUGAAGCAACUUUUCAGUCUGCCUGUAACUAAAAAAUCAAGUUGAAAAAAUGCUAUAAUGAGCACUCAUAUACCCUUUGUUAUAAAUUCACCCGUUGUUAACAUUUUUUUCUCUCAGCUAUCCUUCUAAUUUCUCUGCCUAUUUGUUUAUUGUUUACCUUUGGACUAAUUAAGGGCAUCUAUGCAGAAAUUCGGAAGCCAUUUAGAAAACCUUUGGGUUUUUCUGUGGUUUGUGGCACUAUUAAUGAAGCUUAUUACCAGGCUGAGAGACAGACAGCUCGCUAUGUCUGACCAGGUGGUGAGGCUCGAAAACCCUGAGGAAUGAUUUUGUCAGGAAUUAUUGUUACUUAACAAAUAUUUCAGGAUAUUUUUUCUUCUACAAUAAAAUAACAAUUAACUUAUAUAUAUAUACAUAUGCAUAUAUAUAUAGUGUGUGUGUGUGCUCUAGAAUGAUGUGUUGGAUCAAACAUGGUCUAAACAGGUUAACUAAAAGGUCUGGUUAUUUGGAGAAAGGUGAGAGGGGAGUGGAAUUUGAGAUGUACCAGCAUUGAAGGUGUGUCCCGGUUCACUCUUAAUUGUUCAGUCUUUUCUCUCUGCCCGUUGCCGUCUUCCAGGGAUGUGCAGUCAUCUCUGUUUGUUUGGUGCUUUCUCAAGUGGGUCAUCCCAUUCACUUCCUUCUUGUGCCCGAAAAGCUUUCAGCUGAGGAUAGUGGCACCUUUGUUCGGAGUGCCAGGUUACACUCCAGAUAAAGGAUUGUAUUCCCAUGCCACCACACUCUACUAAUUUCAUCGUGUUGGCUAUUCUUUUCUGACUUAGGUGACGUCCAGGAAGAUGUCUGAAGCUGCAGUUGAUUCUGUAUUUUUUCUAUGAGCUGAGCCUAGUGUUCUAAGGUGGCCUGGAAAUUAAUAAUAUUGUUUGAAGAGUAAAUGCCCUGGGUAGGAGAAUGAUUUCUUUUUGUAUCAAAAUUCUUCGGGGGAAAAAAAUCUGCAAAUGUUUUGUUUUAAAUUUUUUGUCCUCAGUAUGUUCAGUCUUUACUGCUUAGGUUAGUGGCCCGUGAACUUGGCCCCUGAAAGCACCAGAUCUCUGUAUCCUUGUUCUUCUCAUGGACUUAACUCCAAAGACACCAGAAGUUCUUUCUCCUGCACUUUUGGAGUCUGUGGGAACGUGGGGCUAGAUGGGUCCAGGCAAGGCAAAGGGUGCUUCCCUGUCACUGCCCUCCUUCCCCUGCUGCAGCCGGCACUGCUCCGUCUUGCCCUUAAAAGUCCUACAGUUGCCUGGCCCUGCUCUUUCCAGGAAACUCACCCCUCCUUUCCAUUCUCAAGGCUACAGCCUAGUUUAGGACCUUUUUAUCUCUUACUUGAACUAGUGCACUAAGGCUUUGUUUGGGUCUCUGUUUUUAGUGUUUCUUGACCCCAGUCUGUUUUGCCCACUAUAGUCCGGAGAAUUUUCCCCCAUUACAACCAUCCUCAUGUUUCCUCUUGCUCAGAAACCUGCAUUAGCUUUGUAUUGCUUAAAGUCUAAAUGUAACCUUUAUUCCAAACUUUCUACAUACGACCACAUAAAGCUCUUACCCCUGGCUACACGUUCAAAUAGCUGGGGAGCUUUUAAAAAAAUGCUGGUACCCGGGCUCCACCCCCCCACCCCCCAGUGAAAUCCCUUUCUCUGGAAUGGGACCUCAGACAUUGUUUGGGUUUUGUUUUGGUUUUGGUUUUUCUUUCAAUCUGCUCGGAGUCUCAAGUGCAGCCAGGGUUGAAAACCUCUGUACUUGUCAUUUAUACGUAAGAAUUGUGAGCUGUCAUGUCUCUGCACAUCAUAGACAUUCAGCAAGUGUUCAUUGAACCAAAGUGAACUGUAUCAUAGAUUGCAACCACAUUGAUCACCUAAUGUGUACCGAAUGGCCACGUUGUCUUGCCUCUGCAGCUGUGCACAGGAAGUCCCAGUGAGUGGAUGGGCGGGUGCAGGAAAUCAGUCUGCAGAAGCCCUCUUCACACCUGUCUAGCCACAGCAGAGGCACUUUGCACAGGCCAGCUUCAGUGUCUCACUUCACCCUACCUCUGUGGAAGAGACGUGGUAUCAAGCCAGCCCGCAAGGAAGCAGAGACUGGGAGGCCAGUGAGAGAAAAGAAGCCAGAGGUGUAGGG